UCAAAUGGCAUUAUGGAGUUUCUCACUGAAUGUUGUGAUGGUUUCCAGAACUAGUUUUUUUGCUCUGAACACAAAAAGGGGGGAGGGAAACCACACUGCCAAAUCUAAAAGUGCAAUCUGGAUUCUGAAUGAAUGCAAGGUUUUGUUUUUUUAUUUCUUAUGCCUAGUGGGUGGCCAAAAGUAGAGCCUCACUUGCAUCGAUUUGUUCCCUGUGUUGUCAGUAAUAUUCUCGGUGAUUCCUACUCUUGUGUGUGGUAAUUUUUUGACCAGGUGUAAGCUGUAUGGCUGGGCUGGUACUCAAGCUAAGGGGAAAUACAUAAUCUAUCUUUGUGUUGGUUCUUCACAGCUUGUGGCAGUAAAAAUCCAAAGGUUAGAAAUUGACUCAGAAUAAUGCAGAAAUGAGGAAGGGAAUUUUCCUCAUAGUUAAGUCUCUUAAUGACACCUUUCAGGAUUUUGGAAACCUUCAAAAGCAGUGUUAUGCUCUUCCAUCAUCAAACCUAUUUUGAAGAACUGCAAAUUAAAAUACACAAAUUUGUCUGAUUUGGUACAUUUGCCUUCAGUUGCUGGAUGUGACAGACUGGAUAGAAUCUCUGGGUCGUACACAUGUGCAUGUGUUUACACUGCUCAGCUUUCCCUCACACAGGCUGUGCCGUGACAUGUGCAGGGGGAAUGGCGGACAGAUAUUAUCGCUGCUGACCAAGUAGACAAGCACAAGUAUAGCUAACAUGACCACAGGAAGAAGCAGGGUUUGCUGGCGGGGUAAUGGCAUAGUGAUAUCUUGCUUUGAUCAGAAAGGCACUAGACAUCCCCUGGCCCUAGGAGCACUGAGUGCCAAAAGCUGUCAGGCACGGAGUGUACGCUCUGUGCCAUCUGGGACAUGGGUUCUAGGAAAGGAGACACUGGGCUGGUGUAAGCUGCUACUGUGGUGUUGCUGAAGUCCUGAUGCAGGUACAGCUUACACCAUCUGGUGAUCUGCCGGAGUUCAUUAUGGUAGAGGGAUGUCUAGGAUUUCAUUCUCUACGGUGCUUUGACCAUACCCGUCUCCUUUUCCCCUUAAGAGUCAGUCAAAACAAAGCCCAUUUUAAAAGAAAUGAAUGUAGAAAAUGUGAAACGUAAGGAUCUUUUACAGAGUGUCUUUUACAGUGCUGGGGACAUAAAACGGGGCAGUGGAAGAUAAGCCGUUAUGUAUGUUGAGGAAGUCUAAGAAUAAAGAUUAUAGGCAAACAGUCUACCUUUCUUUACAAGGCCUUGAUUUACAUCCCUGAAAUCUCAAAUUUAGCUAUUACAAUGAAGUCCUGUUGCACACAGAGCUGACUUUUUAUCACCACUUAAAAUCUAAUUAAUCUGUAUCGAAGCACAAAGAUUUCUGUUGUAUUUUAGGGUGAGGGGUCAUAGAGCCUUCUUUGUUCAUCCUCAGGCUUGUAAUCAUCAGGCAUUGGGAUAUAAUUUUACCAAGCAAAUUGGAAGGUAACAGAUCAAAUCCUUAUCGGAAAGCCUAACUCAUGGUUUAGUGAAGUCCUUCGUCCCUUAUGUGAAACAUUAUAUUCGUGAAGAACAAACAAGUGUUUGAGAGCUUACAAAGGGUUAAUAGCAAGGGCUUAUAUUUGGGGCAGCAGACAACUAAAAUCAUCAUAGCUUCCACCACCACUCAAGACAGUAGUUGUUACAGAACCGCUGGGGCGACCUUCUUCCUCAAGCUUUUAGGACUAUUCUUACAAUGGCCUUGGUUUAUCGACCAGUGGUGCAAUUAAGUGGCAUAUUAUUAUCUCUGUUGGGAUGGGUCCUAUCCUGUCUCACUACCUAUUUACCUCAGUGGAAAAAUCUUAACUUGGAACUGAACGAACUGGAGAUCUGGACCAUGGGACUCUGGCAAGCUUGUGUUGUCCAGGAAGAAGGGGGAAUGCAAUGCAAGGACUUUGAUUCUUUCUUAGCUUUGCCUCCAGAACUCAGGAUUUCUAGAAUUUUGAUGUUUUUUUCCAAUGGAUUGGGGCUUUUGGGCCUCUUGUUCUCAGGAUUUGGGUUGGACUGUUUGAAAAUUGGUGAAAGACAACAGGAUCACAAGAAACGGCUGUUGCUGUUUGGAGGAAUGCUCUUCUGGAUCUCGGGGAUUACAGCUAUUGUCCCGGUUUCUUGGGUUGCCCACUCCACAGUCCAGGAAUUUUGGGAUGAGAAUAUACCAGAUAUUGUUCCCAGGUGGGAUUUUGGGGAAGCGUUAUUUGUUGGCUGGCUUGCUGGAUUUUGUCUUAUACUAGGAGGAUCUCUACUUAAUUGCACAAUCUGUUCAACUGAACUCCAUCCAUCUUCGGUCCAUUACGCAGUAACAGAACAGCAAGAUCAGUGUCAAUGCUUGGAAACUGAAUCAAGGCCUUAAAAC